AUGGUUUUCAAGGCGCCCGCUCCUGAUGCGCCGACUGCAGAGCAAUGGCAGAGAAUGCUCAUGGCAACGCAACUACAGUACACGCCAACUCAGUGCUGGCCAAUCCACCUUCCGGAUGAAUCCUUCUCUUUUCCCUUUGCGGCCUCGUCAGGCUUUCUCCAGCAGCAUCAGCGGCGCCAGCUGUUCGAGUGCAUGCCCACCGAAGAUGUGCAAUGUGUACUCGCGCUCAACCUUCCCGAUUCGCAUCAACAGCUUGAAGACUGUGCAAACUCUCCAAGCCCUUCCAGCUUGCUACCGAGAACCUCGACUAGUUCUACAGAAAUAUGCUUCCACACCCACAGGGCUGCUCCAUCCCAGCCCGCAAGAUGGCUCUCGAUUGCCGAGCGCCACGUCUACGACGCAUCGAGGAAAGCCCAAGUACCGCUUGCAAUGUACGCACAUGGCCAUGUCAGCCGCGACGGCGUCUCGAAACGACGAUAA